AUGCGAUUAGCCUAUGUACGGAAUAAUCUUGAGCCUUUCUCAGAUCAGUUUCUCCCAGCACUAUGAAAACUUUGGUGACUCUGUUGGUGCUUCUAAUGGCCACAGUAAAUGGAAUUGAAUCAGGAUCGUUUUUUGGAAGCACUGCAUCUGAAGAUUAUUACAAACGAAGCAAUGUUUUCGAUUGCCUUAUCAGAUAUUACCUCCCGUUAUCUGAAAACGACGGAACACCGGUUUUCGGGGGUCAGAGAGCUUUUGAUGGGGAAUACCGACACAUGGUUGCAAUUGGUUGGGUAUACAAUGACAGCAUAAAGUACUUGUGCGGAGGUAACACAAUUCAUGAAAAGUUUGUACUGACAGCUGCACAUUGUUACGUUUUCGUUGAUGAGGUUCUUCCGACUAUCGUGCGAGCAGGAGACACCGAUCUGGGUGAUAAUGAAAAUGACUUUUUGGUUCAGCAACGGAACAUUUCACGGGUCCUGAGGCAUCCGUUACAUCGAUACAGUAAAAGCUAUCAUGAUAUUGCAUUGGUCGAAUUAGACGAGGCGCUGUUUUUUAAUUUGUUAAUAUCUCCUGCGUGUCUAUGGCUUGAAAGUUACAUCCCCCCGGAACCACUCAAUAUUGCUGGCUUCGGUGAAGUGAAUCUGGCAGAAGGUCCCAGUUCAACCCUUCAGCAGGGUUAUGUUACGCUUCAACCACCACAGAAAUGCGAGAAGAUGCUGCCUUCCAGACGUAUUCCUGACGGAAUAUUGGAGAGCCAAUUUUGCGCAUCCCACGACGCUAUGGAUACAUGUGAGGGUGAUUCAGGCGGUCCAAUCGAGUUAAGAAGAAUCGACCUAUACAAACAAGAAGUUUCCCUAAUCGUCGGAGUUACAUCGUUUGGAACGGCUUGCGGUAGUGGAUCGAUUGGAGUGUAUACAAAAAUUUCAAACUACGUAGAUUGGCUAGAAGAGCAAACGAACCAGUCGUACGCUUAUGAUCAAUGUGUGUCGCGAAUUUUACAUUCGAAGUAUCAACCAUUUGAAAUCUCACACAUUCCUACGAACACACCAUUCCCAUACGUUCAUCUGAUAAGGAAUCGUUCUGCUGAACUCGAAUAUGACUGUAUGGGAACUCUAAUCGACGAUCAGUUUGUUGUUACAUCGGCACUUUGCGCAACACAUCAAGCCGGUUCCCCGAAGUUCAUAUAUGUUCCGGCGAAUGAGGAAUACGUGGCCAUUGAUGAAGUGAUUCCACAUCCUCAGUAUGCAGUGAAUUCCCUGGCAAAUGAUAUUGCCUUGAUAAAGUUGACAAAAUUUUUGAAACGUGAUCUCAAGCCAGUUUGUCUAUCGCAACCAGAAUACUCUAGUCCAAGUCCUGCAGUGGUGGCGUUUAUGAUCAACACAGCCACAGUGGAGAAAAGAAACUUCGAAUAUUUUUUCAAGUACUUUUUACCCGAAAAGGAUCAAUGUCACGGAUCGACAAAUGAAGUUUGCAUGCAAAGUAACCUUCCGUUGAUUCCCAAUAUUUGUCAGGUUAUGGAUGGCGCUCCUAUUUUAGAAGUGAACGACUUUGGUAUAUCUUUGCUCUACGGCAUAUCAAAUGCUAAAAGGAGCAAAUGUGACGGAAAACUUCGAGGUACUUUAAUUGAACCGCAUACUGAAUGGAUAAACAGUGUUUUUCAGAGCUACAUUCUAAGAGAAGUUCUGAUUUUCACUUAGUUUUAAAAAUUGUGGCAUUAUUUAUCAAAAAAAAUAUGUUUUGUUACUUGUGAGAUGUAGUUAUUGUUAAGUCUACGAUACAUAAAGUAUAAUAAAUCGUUAGG